AUGGCUACCGCUGUAUCGUUUGAAAAUCAAACUCAAUCAGCCAAAAUUCAACAAUUACAAACAGAUGUUAACGGUGUUGUUGUUCAAAUGAAAGACAAUUUAGGUAAUAUUAUUAAUCGUGGUGUUAUGCUCGAUGAUUUAGAAGGUAAAACCGAUGAUCUUCAACAUAGCGCCGAACAGUUUCAAGUGAAAUCACAUCAAAUCGGACGAAAAUUUUGCAUGUCAGGCAAUAUGAAUCACAGUAGUGGUGCUAUGGGUGGCUCUGGCGGAGGUAUGGACCGUCUCUGUUGAAUAUAACUACGAAUAUUGUCUGUUUCUAAGGUUUGGUCGGAAAACUUGAACAAGUCGUAGGUAUGGAUCUCAAUGCUGAUGGAAGAAUCGGGAAUAAGCCAGUGGCCUAUAGUGGAGGUUAUCCUCCAAAUACCAAUCAGUACAACAGUGGUUAUCCUUCAAAUACGA